AUGCAAUUAUUAGACAAUGUACAUAGCAAUGAUGACAGAACGCUAUUUUAUUUACCGCAUCAUUGCGUAUUUAAAGAAACAAGUACUACGACGAAGCUAAGAGUCGUAUUUGAUGGAUCCUGCAAGUCAGAGUCCGGUACAUCUCUGAAUGAUAUUUUGAUGGUGGGCCCGGUGGUUCAGUCAGAUUUGAUUACUUUGUUAGCAAGGUUUCGUACAUUCAAAUAUGUUUUUACGGCCGAUGUAGUAAAAAUGUAUCGACAAAUACUCAUUGAUUAUUCGCAAACAUCAUUACAAUGCAUUUUAUGGCGAGAAAAUAUUGCUGAACCAGUUCGCACAUAUGAAUUAAAAACUAUCACGUAUGGUACCGCAUCUGCUCCUUAUUUAGCGACUAGAUGCUUAAAGUAUUUAGCAGAGUUGUAUCAGAACGAUCUACCAAUAGGUUCAAGGGCAAUCAUAGAUGAUGUUUACGUUGAUGAUUUACUGACGGGUGCACAUUCAUUAGUCGAGGCAAUGGUCAAACGUGAUCAGAUUAUUGCCAUUAUGUCAAAAGGUUGUUUCACACUUGAUAAAUGGUUCUCAAAUUGUAAUGAACUGUUAAAGGGAAUUUCCUACAAUUGCGGGCAAAAUUGCGUUUCGAUAAAUGAGAGUUCUGAAACUCGAAUACUCGGGUUGCAAUGGAAUCCGUACGAAGACUCUUUUAGAUAUACAGUAAAUGUGUCGAGUCUGCAAUCGAACAGCUCGAAGAGAAAUAUGCUUUCAGAAAUUUCGCGAUUGUUUGAUCCGUUGGGUUUGAUUGGUCCAGUCAUUCUCAUUGCUAAAUUAAUGAUACAGGACUUGUGGAAAUUGCAUUUGGAUUGGGAUGAGUCGGUUCCAUUGAGCAUACAUUCACGAUGGCUAGAGUACAAGACGCAGAUUUCAGGGUUAUCUGAAUUACGCAUUCCACGUAUGAUUGGUUUUACUGCUGACGCAUUAGAUGUACAGUUUCAUGGAUUUGCAGAUGCCAGUCAGCGUACGUAUGCAUUGUUGUUAUAUUGUGCUUGUUGUUAUAUUAGGAUAGGCAAUGCUCAAAGGAGUUUUCAAACUCGUUUGUUGGCAUCCAAAUCACGAGUUGCGCCAUCAAAGGCAGUUUCAUUACCACGACUAGAGUUGUGCGCGGCUCUAUUAUUAACACAGUUGCAGGAUAAGUUGCUAAAAGCAAUCAAUAUACAAUCACACAAAACAUAUUUUUGGACUGAUUCCACCAUAGCCUUGUCAUGGAUCAAGGCGUAUUCGCGUAAGUUUACGGUUUUCGUAUCAAAUCGUAUUGGUGAAAUUCAAAGAUUAACUAAAACAAGUGAUUGGCAUCAUGGGUCAACCAAAUGCAAUUCUGCAGAUAUGAUUUCCCGCGGGAUAAUGCCCCAGGAAUUAAUAAAGUCAAGUUUAUGGUGGAACGGUCCAGAGUGGUUGUCUUCGGAUGAGAGUGGCUGGCCCGAUUAUCAAUCACAAUGCGUUGAAUCAUUACCGGAUCAGCUAAAGCAACAACACUUUAGUCAAGAAAUUCAUGAUUUGAAGCAAUUAGGAGAGUUGUCCAAUACUAGCAGAUUGUUACCUCUCAAUCCUUUCAUCGAUAAAAAUGGAAUACUAAGAGUAGGUGGUCGUCUAAAAAAUGCUGAUAUGUCAUACAAGAUUAAGCAUCCAAUUUUGUUACCUAAGGAUCAUACGAUCACGAAAUUAGUCAUACGUAAUGAACAUAUUAAGAAUCUGCAUGCAGGGAUUCAGGCAACAAUGUAUGCUGUUCGAAACAAGUUUUGGCCAAUUUCAAUCAAAGUAACCACGCGUAAUAUUAUAAAGAAUUGCGUAACAUGUUUCAAACUUAAGCCUAGCAUGACUCAAACCAUCAUGAGUGACCUUCCUAGAUCGAGAGUGAACCCUUCUCAUCCGUUUGCGCAUACCGGUUUGGAUUUCGGUGGUCCGUUUGCUGUACAUAUCGAGCUGGUGGCUGAUUUGUCAUCGGAGGCAUUCUUAGGUGCGCUUAAGAGAUUCAUAGCAAGAAGAGGCAAGGUCUCUUGUUUAUACUCGGACAAUGGCACGAAUUUUGUGGGAGCAUCUCGGGAACUUAAUGAAUUGCAUAAAAUGUUCACUGAAGAACAAGUAGAUGAUGAUCCAGAUUCACCUGAUCUCUCGAUUUAUCGUCAAGUGAGAGGCAAGGGGACUCACAGCAGAAAAGCACCCCAAUCUGUGAGAGGCAAGGGGACUACAGUAGAAAAGCACCCCAAUCUAUGA